AUGCUUCCACAACAAUUCCUUAUCAUAUGCUACUCGCUGUUUUACCGGUGUUGGAGCGUUCAAGGAAGCGAACGACCUGUUGAUCGUGACUGGAGAUUACCUUUAACUCCUCAAUUGUAUUUGGAGAUAUCCCAUUUAAACAAUGCAGAAAACGCAAUCCAGCAUCGACUUCCACCGCUGUCAAUUGGUCGUAGUUCACUGAAGCAGAAAUUGGAUCAUUUUGAUAAUAACGAUGGACGAAAAUGGAGACAGUUUUACACGCACAGAAAAUCACCAUAUCAACGUUCUGACGGUGCGGUGUUUCUGAUAGUUGGUGGAGAAGAUGGAGCGGAUCGUGCCUGGUUGACGAAUCAGGGCCUGCCAUACGUUCAACUGGCAGACCAAAUCAAUGCUAGCAUAUUUAUGCUCGAACAUCGAUUUUACGGUAGCAGUCGCCCGACGAUUGACACUUCUAUUCAAAGCUUAAAAUACCUUGAUGCAAAACAGGCUGUCGAGGACAUUGAUAGAUUUGUACAAGAAAUAAAUCAACGAGAGAAAUUAACUAAUCCGAAAUGGAUUACCUUUGGUGGAAGUUAUUCAGGUAAUUUGGCAGCAUGGGCUCGAGAAAAACAUCCCCGAAGUAUUCGAGCAGCAGUGGCCAGUUCAGCUCCAUUACAAGCUAAACUUAAUUUUAAAGACUUCGAAAGACAGAUUGAAAAAAUUAUCGAAAAAAAAGACACUAAAUGUGUAGCAGUGAUACGAAAACUGUUCCAGAAGAUGCGUCAAAUGUCGACAACACAUGAGGGCAGGCGCAAACUUGUGAAAAUAUUUCGGUUAGAUGACUCUUUAAUUCGGCCAGCAGUGUCCGAUAAAGAUGUUGCCAAUUUUUUCCUUGUGAUCAGUAAUUAUAUCAGUUUCAUCGUAAUGCACAGUGGAAUCAAUGUGAAGGAUCACCGCGAUUUAUUGACUCUGGAUGUGAUGUGUAGCAAGCUGACUCAUUCACCGUCACUGGAAUCCAUACGGGAACUGAUUGGAAUGGUUAUGGCAUCUCAAGGGAAGUCCUCACAUUCAGCCAUCGAUAUUGGCUAUAAUAGUUUUCUUGACUUCAUGCGUGAUGAACGUUGGAACACGCGGAACGCACAACCUCGUGCAUGGCUUUAUCAAAACUGCCAUGAAUUUGGCCAUUUCCGAACCAGCGAAGAAGCAAAUGGCUUGUUUGGUGGCACUCUACCUCUAAGUUUCUUCUUGGCCCGUUGCAAGGACGUGUUCGGUGGUCAUUUCUCUCUCGAAAAUACGGAGAAGAGGAUCGCUGAAACGAACGAAUAUUUCGGUGGAAAUCAGCACUUUCAGGCGACAGACGUGAUACUAUCCAAUGGCUCCGACGAUCCAUGGACCUUACUCGGCAUAUACAAUGGUACUAGUGCUAUUGGCAAUUUCGUCAUCUGUAUCGAAGGGACGAGCCAUGUAGCCGAUUUUUAUCCUCCGAGUAAUUUUGAUUCCAACGCUUUGAGGAAUGCGCAGUAUAAGAUAAUACGAGUGAUCGAAGAUAUAGUGUUGUAAUUGUUCAACUGACUGCAUAAAUG